AUGAAUUCGAACAUCAUCCAAGCUUUCUUGAUCGUGGCUCUAUUCGCCACCUCAUGCAUUGCUCAGGCUCCAGCUCCUUCACCAACUACUACCGCCACUCCUCCUCCGCCUCCCACCGUCACUCCUCCUCCCGUCGCCACCCCACCACCGGCCGCAACUCCUGCUCCGACCGCAACUCCACCACCUGCAGCCACCCCUGCCCCCACCGCGACUCCUCCUUCUUCCGCUCCUUCUCCGUCUGAUGUCCCCGCCGCUUCUCCACCAGCACCGGAGGGUCCCGCAGUUAGUCCUGGAGAUAUAUCUCCGGCCCCUGUCGACGCUGCCGCUCCUCCACCUAACGCUGGUUUGUCCAACAAGGCUUUCGUCGCCAGUACCGUUUUCGCUGCGGUUAUUUACGCCGUCGUUUUAGCUUAG